AUGAAGUUAGUCCAUAUCCAGUCCCAUGAACUUCUAGAUCACAUGUGCAAAGAAGUAGCAAUUAGUGGAAACGAGCUUUCUAUUAAAAAAGCCAUCUUCUGUUCUAUCGCGAGGGGAAAUUUUGAAUUUGUUUUUCGUGUGGUCAAAGCAAAAUCAAAUCUUAUGUGGUUGCGUGGCGAAGACUCAAUGUCCAUAUUUGCAUUUGCUAUACUACAUCGUCAAGCAAAAAUCUUUAGCCUUAUACAUGGGCUUCCUCUGAAAAAGUCUUUGGGAGCUUGGGCUGAUGACAAAAACAAUAUGGCAUUGCAUAUGACAGGAAGAACAGAAGCUUCAAUUGAACUUAAUCAAAUCCAAGGUGCAGCUUUGCAGAUGCAAAGAGAACUACAAUGGUUUAAGGAGGUGGAAAGUAUUGUCCCUCCAAGAUAUAAGGAAUUUCGGAACCAUGAUGGUUUUACUCCUAGGGAAUUGUUUACGAAGAACCAUAAGGGCUUGAUGAAAGAAGGAGAGAAAUGGAUGAAGGGCACUGCAACUUCUUGUACAGUAGUAGGCGCUCUCAUUGUUACUAUUAUGUUUGCUGCAGCCUUUACUGUUCCAGGUGGUAACACACAAGAUACUGGCUUCCCUAUAUUCUUAUAUGAAAAAGUGUUCAUGCUCUUUAUAAUCUCUGAUGCCUUGUCGCUCUUUUCCGCCACAACUUCAGUCUUGAUGUUUUUGGGAAUCCUAACUUCACGCUAUGCAGAAGACGAUUUCCUUGAAUCCUUGCCAAAAAAGAUGAUCAUAGGCCUUUCGACUCUUUUCCUUUCCAUUGCAACCAUGAUGAUAGCUUUUUGUGCUACUCUUUUAAUUAUGCUACAGGGACAAUCAUGGAUAAUCAUUCCUGUCAUUUGUUUGGCUAGUGUACCCAUCACCUUAUUCGUAUUGAUGCAGUUUCCCCUUCUCGUUGAGCUGUUCAUUUCAACUUACGGACCAGGUAUCUUCGAUAAGAACAUGGAGCGAUGGAUAUAA